CGCCUAAUCUUGGUACCUCUGAACUGAAUUCGCCAAACAGUUUUCAAAAACAAAUUCACCAUACUAUAGCUGCUUGUGAUCUCUCAAUAUGAGCGAUCGAGGACGUGAUUCCCGUAUGGAUAGUCUUAAAGCGCUCUACGACUUGAAGAAGAAUAACCCUAAUGACACUACCACCGAAAACAACUUCUACAAUGCUGUUCUGUCUUACUUAUUGCAGGACAAAACAGACCAUUGGUGGUGCAACAAGUCUUUAGAGCCUUUCGUUCGGGAAUCGAUGAUGCUCUUUUCACUACCAGAAUAUGAUCAUAUAACGAAGUACAAGAAUAGAAUGAACAUGCAACUAAGGACUUGUCGCCACUGUCUCACUUCCUAUCACAAUUCUAAAUCAGCUCUUCGACAAAGCUACGAGCAAUUAUACUCUGUUGAAAAUGUUGCGCAGUUCUUUCAGCAGCUAGAACGAUUCGAUGCCAGCAGAAUACAUUUGACACUACAAGAGAUACUUACGCCGCCUGCCGGCCCUAAGCAGACAUCCAGCUCAUCAAUAGAUUCCAAUAAUGUCUUUUGUGCUAUCCUGGAUAUUACGAUAAGUCCAGCGGUUUUGAAUGUCAAUAACCUAGAUCAGGAGUUCUCCAGCGCUAUAAUGACCAUGCAGAACUCCACCUCUUUAAGAAUCCCGGAAUUGGACAUGAGCCCCGGCCUGUUCUCGCUGACACUUCAUAAGAACAAAAUUAUCCGGCUUUUUUCACGGAAACAAAUUGAGCGAUUCACGACUCGGGGACAGGAUUUAGACAAGCAACAUGCAGAUGUUUUGAAACCAUUUGCCAAACGAUUAUUGAUCUAUCUGGGGUCACUCAAUCCAACACAUUCAAAGGCAGAAAUACACCCCGUUGACGAGCCAUUCGCCUUGACUGAUCAACCUGGAGAGUACUGGAAAUCUUUUCGAUAUUUAGCUUCUUGUGUUGCCGCCCCUCCUCUGUUGAUUUGGAUUCGUAGUUCACCGACAAAUAUGGAAUCUCUCAUACAAUCACAUUUGGAAGAUGGAAGCAUGUGGUUUCAUGAAGUUCUUAAACUGCUUGCCGUACUUCUUACCAAGCUAAAGAGUCAAUUCUGGAGCAGUCCUCCUACGCACUUGUCCGAUUUUUCGAAAUACAUUGAUUCCAUUUUUUCGAACCGUGUGUUCCGAAAUCUCAUGCAGUUGCUCUCACAAGGAAAUGGUAAGACUGUUGUGCACCAGAAUGACGGUACGCCUAUUCCGUUUGAAAAAGUUGCCAUUCGCCUCAAUGGCAUUUUAGAGUGGAUAUUUCCCUUCUGGCUCUCAUUUACAGGCACUGCCAUAUAUGUCCCCAUGACAGAAAUGAUUCUCGACUAUAUGUUCAACCUCUUCCAACAAAAUAACACACCGACGCUAAUGCGUGCCAAAUGUGUGGAGAUAGGCAUGUCGAUAAUCAGCGAAGCUAUUACGUUGGAUGGACGACCAUCCUCAGCUUUUAUUAACAAGUAUGCUGCACUCAUUGUAAAGUCGUCUAUCAGCCCCAAUAGUAAAACUUUGGAAACAAAAGUUAAAACGGGACAGCCACUUCUUGAACAGUUGUUGAUGUCAGAUGUAGAUGCAGUGCGAGACACCUACUUCAGUCUUUAUGCCAUUGUUCCAUCUAAACGAUCUGAACCUUCAAACCGCGGUAUUUGCGAAAAAAUUUGGAAAGAGGUCUGUGGCAUAAAUUUCGACUACUGUGUGCCAGCACAGAUGGACGUUGUUACGUCUAUUUUCAAAGCACACUCUGUCAUCGCUUUGCUAGAUAUGGAUAUCAUGCAGGAUGCUCAACAGCAUUCGGAAUCAAAGCAACAGCAGAUACAGUUUCUAAUCGAUUCUUUGAUGAUUAUCCGAACGAAUGUACAGCCGCUUUUACAAGCACUGUUGGAUCAGCAAGGGAACCAACUGUCUAGACUGAUGAAUAAUGACAUCGUCGCUUCUCGUACGCUUCAUAUCGUUUCAUCGCCUGAUAGAGAUAUUCGAAGCAUUGGAGUUACGAUGUUCAAGACUGCUUACCGCGAAGAUGCAUUUAUUGAUUGCUUGAUACAAUACCUACGGACCAAUCCCAACAAUGGCUUGGAUGCCAUCACGCAACUAAUGCUAGAUUUCACCGAGUUCAUUGAUGGAGGCUGCAACAUGUUCUCCACCUCAGGUCCGGUCUUUGCCACACUUGCUUCCGUUGUAAGCGCCCUGGUAGGAAACGAAGACAGCUUAUUGUUUAAUGUUAUCACUAGCGGCGAUCUCUCAACAGCUGGUGAUCUGGAUAAACUUCAGAAGCUUUGGAGUUUUUUUUGGAUAUUUGUUGGCAAGUCUGUGAAAGCAGCACUAGUCUGGGCACAAAGCUACCGGCCGAAAGAAGUCGUCAAAGCGGUUUUACCCGUACUUCAAAUUGCAUCGCAAGUCAUUGGUACUUUCAGAACCUUCGAACAAAUCGCACAGAUGAAAGAUGCAAGCAAAGAAAACUCGACACAUUGGUCUUCACCAUCAAGUUCAAUGCUCUCAUAUACCGAAUUGGCCAAUGCUCUGGAUCCUUUAUCAGAAUGGAUUUUUGUUACUAGCCACGAUGUUCUUCGACUUUUAGUACCACUUCUGAUCAUGUCAUUGAAGCGGCUUACACAAACACAAGUAAAGGUCUCAUCUAAUACAUAUGACCGGUUGAUGGGCGCCGCAACUGGCGCCGUUGACAGUAGAGUUACCACAGACGAAAAAGAAAAUAUGUUUAUGGCCUUGAGCCCGCAUGACCCUGCUAACACCGUAUUUUUCGAUGAAAGCGACGAUGACGAUAAUGGCAAUUGGGUGACAACAGAUUCGAAUACAAAUUUUUCCACAAAUUUUUUGGAUUCUUCUUUGUUGAACGCUACUCAUUCGACUCCCAGCAUACCCAUAGUUGCCCCACCUAUAUCACCUAAAAGGCUGCGUCAACCAACGUUGGCCGAAUCUUUUGCAGCUGCAGUUGGCAAAUCACCUGAUUCACCUAGUCAAACCACCAAAAACGUGCGCAGCCAAAUGAAAUUGACAGAUUUUCUAGCCAAGCCCAAGGCUGAUGCGAUCGUUCUGACUGAUGAAGAUGAUACCCCGAAGCCGGUGAAGGCGACUCAAAAGAAAGAAACAAAUCAAGAAGAUGAAUUCGACGAUGAGUUUGAAGAUAUGGACUUUACUGAUAUACCUGAAGAAUGGUUUGACGAACAGAAGAUCAGGCUUGAAAGCCAGAAGGCAUCAGGAGAAAGCGAGGAGAAAUUGAAAGCACAUCGCUUAGAACGCUUGAGGAUCGCUCAAGCUAAUAUGCAUGCUAGGAAAGCGUCAAGACAAAAUCGAGUGCAUAUGCAGCAAACCACACCUACAUAUGCAGUCGGCCCAUCCAGAGGGGGUCUACCAGGAAAAAAGCUUCGACCACCAACCAUGGGACUUUCCAAGCUUCAAGCUCUAAGAAAAGAAUUCAGUACUUCUCGUGUAUAUCCUUCAGCUACAUCGACACAAUCUAGACGUGAACAAGGCUCCCAGCAAGACUCGGAUGAUUCUGGAGACGAAUCAGCCUUCGCUGAACUUGUUAGCGAUUUCGAUAAGUCAAAAGAAAGUCAUGCUCCAAAGGAAAAGGAAAAGUUUUCAGGUGCUAUAUUCGAUGAUCGACCACGCCGCUCUGUCAAACUAAUUGAUGCUCCUGUCACUGCUGGGAGUAAUUUUCAAGAGAAGAAAGCUCAAAUGCAACGCGCUCUGGCUAGGAAGAAGAAAGUCACUCCAAGCAUGAGAGGACUGCACAAAACAAUUCUUGCAUGGGAUGUGACAGUUGAAGGAGAGGUCCCACCGAAUGCUUCUCGAGAUAUGUACAAGCGCGUUCCCUCCAAGUUUUCUGACGUUCAUGAAUAUACACAAAUCUUUGAACCGCUACUGUUACUGGAGGUUUGGAUGCAACUCAUGCGAGCAAAAGAAGAAGCGACAGAAUCAGAUGUUAUUGACAACUGUAUGAUUGAGAGCCGGUGCAACGUAGAUGAAUUUGUCGACGUUACUUUCCAGAUGACAAUCGCUUCGGGACGAUCCUUAGCGGUUGAAGAUUUGGUUUUCAUCGCGAAUCAUUUCGGUAGCUCAUUUUUCAAUAAGUCGGAUGGACAGCAUCACAAAUGGGUCGGAAAAGGUUUCUUGAGCAAGGUCAAAUCUAUGGUAUACAAAAAAGAUCUGGCUGAUGUGACGGUUCGCUGCUUCUUUCCGCCAUCCCAGAUGAUUAUGCUGAACUCCUUAGCUCCGAAGUCAAUAUGGCGAGCUCUAAAGCUUUCUAGUUUAACCACUGCUCAUAGAGAGUAUUCGGCGUUGAAAGCUUUAGAGUAUUAUGACCUACGAGAUAUGAUAUUACAGCCAAAACAUCUGCCUACCGCGCCAAUUUCGGAAAGAGAACUAGUAAGAUGCAUGAACACAUUCAAGGUCAACCAACCACAAGCAGAGGCAAUUAUGGGUACUAUACGUCGACCGAAAGGAUUCACCCUCAUUCAAGGGUAAGUCCCACCUGGAACUGGAAAAACCAAGACCAUUCUCGGGCUACUUGCAUCGCUCAUCUCACAACAAUCAAUGAAAAAUGAUCGUUCGUCCAUUCAAACUCCUGUUAACGAACAAACCACAGAUUUAUCUGGCAAACUACUGAUUUGUGCGCCAAGU